AUGGGCUUCAUAUCGUCAAUUACCCACUCAUUCCGCAAUAACAAAUUCUCACGCAAAUUAUCAAUCUCGAAGCCCAACAGACCCUACGAAGACUCGAAAGAUCUAAUCAAGAUCCCGUCAACUGUAGGCUCCCUCACAAGAGUGGAUAGCGUUGCCUCAACAAUCCGUCAUUCAAACCAAGACCCUAUCACACCCACCGAGUCACCCACUCAUCGGAAACGCCUUACACCCGCAGACUUGAAUCUUCAGACUUUGUUCGACAACGCCGAGGCCUUGGAUCCGGCAACCAGGCGCGCUGUGAGAGCAUUGUCCAUGCCCGAGUACCCGGUGUUGAAAAUGGAUACCGUACAAUCGCCUUUUGACACGCCGCCAAAGAAGUUGCAGGAUCCGAUUGAUACGAAUGGGAGGUGGAGUGGGAAGAAAAACGCCCAUCGGAGAACAAGGAGUAUGAAGACUCAGAGUGUCGAUCUUCGGGGAGGGACAGUGGGGGUUCUUCAAGAUGGGAAUGGAAAUUCAGGUUCAAAGAUCAAGAGAUCAAUGACAGGUUUACUGAAGAGUACCUCGUUGAAGAUUUCAAGGUCUUCGUCAAAGUCGAAGCGAGUUCCGGCCAACCCUAAGUGGCUGGAUUCAUCGAGUGUGAAGGAAGACUUUCCGCUUGACGAGAAAACGGAGCUGAAGUGGUUGGAGCUUAAUGGGUUGAGUAGUCGGGAUACAGAGUUUGGUAUUUGGAAUGGGAAUGGGUUUGGGCGGCCGUGGUGA